CAAAGUGCGCUCUGCACAGGUUCGUUUGAAGAGUUUAUGUCUGCUUGGAUUGUGGAUAGAGUUAGUGAGGAACAUGAGCUGUGAACGGCUCUGUUCAUUAUGUUUCCUGUUCAGCUUUGUUUUUCUUGUUGGCUGUGUUCCAGUUUCUCGUGAUCGCAGCCGCCGUUCUGCCAUGGAUUAUCUUGCUAAGGCCAACAAGAUCCUUGAUGAAACACCUUUAGUGGACGGACACAAUGAUAUUCCUUAUCAGAUCCGGAUAAAGUACAAGAACAGGUUUGAAAAUCUUACUUUCGACACAGAUGAGUCAGGAUGGCAUACAGACAUACCUCGACUGAAAAAAGGCAAAGUUGGCAGUCAGUUUUGGGCCGCCUGGUCUUCAUGUAAUGUACGACUAAAAGAUGCCGUCAGAAUUGGCCUGGAACAAGUAUCUGUCAUACACCGACUGAUUAACAAGUAUUCAGAUGACCUUGUAUUUGUGAAAACAGCGCAAGGUAUCAGAGAUGCAAAGAAGAAUGACAAGAUCGGAUCUCUGAUUGGCUUAGAGGGUGGUCACAUGAUUGACUCGAGCCUGGCCACUUUACGAAUGUUUUAUAAUCUUGGAGUCAGAUAUAUGACGCUGACUCAUUCUUGCAACACUGCAUGGGCUGAUGGGUGGACAGACAAAGUUUCAGGAGAGAUUCAUAAAGGUCUUACAGACUUUGGAAAGCUAGUUGUACUUGAGAUGAACCGUUUGGGAAUGCUUGUUGAUUUGUCACACGUUUCCUUUAAGACGAUGACUGACACUCUUGAUACUGUCAAAGCCCCUGUUAUAUUUAGCCAUUCCUCUGCGUAUGACAUUCAUUGUCAGCAUGGCCGCAACGUUCCAGAUUAUGUCCUCAAGAGAAUGCCUGAGAAUGGAGGAGUUGUUAUGGUGAAUUUUUACAGUGACUAUAUAUAUUGCAACAAGAGCGAUCCAUCAAAAAAAGAUAAUGCCACCUUAGAACACGUAGCAGAUCACAUUGAUCACAUUAAGAAGGUCGCAGGGAUUCAUCAUGUGGGCCUUGGAAGUGAUUAUGAUGGUGUACCGCGCUUACCAAAAGGGCUUGGGGAUGUAGCAAAGUUUCCUGAUCUUAUUGCUGAACUCUUGAAACGAAAUUACACUGAAGAUGAGGUGAAAAAGGUGGUUGGUGAGAAUCUCAUCAGGGCUUUUGAAAAAGCUGAAGAGGUUGCUAAAGAACUACAGAAGAAACAAGCUCCAUUCGACGAGUAUCGAUUCUUCUCCAAUGUAACUUGCAGGCCGAAUUACGGAGGUGGUUUGACAGGUUGGGUUCCAAGAUACAAUAGAACAAUCACAGCUGUACCUUUGGUAAUCUGAUGAACUGUCUAGUAAAGUUGAGAACUGACAGGAUUUGCAGUAAAGUGAAAGAAGCUUGUUUGGCUGGGCGACACAAAACCAAACAAAUUUACUCGAUACAUUUUAGUAACAUAGCUAUAUAAUUGACAAUCAAAGGUAAUUGUAGUGGAGGUUUCUAUAAUGAUGACUCAAUCUGUACACCAGCCAAAAGCGAUCUCGUUCCAUAUUAGUCUUAGUGUGAAAAAGAACCAAAUAAAGUAAAACUAAAACUUC